CUUUGAUAAGGGUGACUGUCGGAUUUUAACUCCUCCAGUAUAUUGUAGUGUUUUAUCGUCCUAAGUAAAGGGCUAAAGAAUAUUAUCAACCGAGAAUGAGGUCAUCGGAUAUUUCCUAAAUGUGCUUUCAGAAGUACAGAACAAGUAAACGCCCCGUGUGUUUUGCUAGGAUCACGGUUUGUUGAAAGUGUUGAAGUGAAUCUCAAAAAGUGCAAUUAACCUCGUACGUAAGCUGGUUCGAUUUCGGUCAAUCGAAUCGGAUUGCAAGUGAUCUUUCUUCGAAGCACCCUGAUCAAACUGUCCUCUAUCGCCCACAAUGGGUGUUGACCUCGAUGUGCAGGAAGCGGAACCGUCGGCGGCGGUGACAGCUGUCCACAGUCGAUCCGGGGUAGUUAAGUACGAAUUAGAAUGGAAGAAUAUAAUGGCGAUUGCAAACGAGGAGAACCUGAUGGAUUUACGACAGCAGGCUGUGCGAGGGGACCUUCGGGCAUCCCCAUUCCGAAGCGUGUGCUGGGCGGUUUUUCUGGAUGUACUGAAAACUCCUGGCUCGGAAACUUGGCAACAGCAGCGUACGGCCGCGCGACAUCACUAUCAACGCCUUAAGGAUCAAUUCGUACAGAAUCCGCACCAACAGACCACGGACACCAGGGACGAUCCGCUAUCGCAAUCGAAGCAGAGCCUCUGGAACCAACACUUCUGUGAUCAAGAACUAUGCGCUGUGAUAAAACAGGACGUGGUCCGCACCUUCCCGGGUGUUGAUUUUUUCCGCAAACCCGCAAUACAGGAACUGAUGACAAACAUUCUCUUUUGCUACGCUCGCCAGUUUCCUGCCAUGUGCUACCGGCAGGGUAUGCACGAAAUAUUGGCUCCACUUAUAUUUGUGAUCCACAGCGACCAACAGGCCCUGGCGCACAUACAUGAACUAAAUCCAGACAUUGACCGGCAACUCCUAGAGAUUUUGAACCCGGAGUAUCUGGAAGAAGAUUCCUACGCAAUAUUUGCAAAAAUAAUGUCUCAGAUUGAAUCAUUCUACCGGAUCAACGAUAUGGUUCCUUCGGCGACUGGUUACUUCCCUGUGCAAACCUCCGGUAGUCCGUCAAAUGCCACUGCUAGUCCAGAUGCAGUCGGUUCUAGCAAACGGAAGCCCGAGGUGGAAGUUGUCGAACAGCUAAACUAUAUAAAGGAUAAAAUUCUUAUCAAAGAAGAUCUCCAUCUGCACAACCAUCUACUCAAGCUGGACAUUCCACUGGCCAUUUUUGGCAUCCGAUGGCUUCGGUUACUUUUCGGCCGUGAGUUUGCGCUGCAGGAUCUGCUCUUGCUCUGGGAUGCAAUAUUUGGUGAAGGCAAUGACCUUGGUCUCAUCAACUACAUCGUCGUUGCGAUGCUGAUACGAAUAAGAGACAAAUUAAUUUACAGUGACUACACCACCUGCCUAUCUUACCUGAUGCGAUAUCCUACGAACAUUGACAUCGCGCUAGUGAUACGUCAUGCGCUGCACAUGAAAUCCCCCAAAGUAUACGAACGCCCGGCGGGCGCAAUGAUCUUCCUAUCGUCACCGAAACACCAACCGAAUCAACAGCAGCCACCCGCGACACGCUCAAAGGCCGUUGAGUCGGGUCAGCUCAAGUACUCCACACUUCCUGCGAUACAUCAGCGUCGUGCACAGCUUGCGGUAGACGAUCAUCAUCCCCUGCAAAGUCGAUCGUCUUCGGUAGUCACCACCUACGACGAUCGGCAGCGUACCAGCUCAUUGCCACGCGACAAUGGUACGCUACGAAAGGCUACGGCAGUCGAGCUACGUCAGGCUGCAUGUAUGGCCACCAAAAAAGCCAUUGCAGACUCAGGUCAAUCAGAUGUGCGUGAUCCAGCUGUAAGCGAUGGUUAUCGCGAAGAUGACCCCGAGUUGCUUCGCAUUGAACUGCAAAACACAUACAACAUAAUGUCGGUGGGUCGCACCAAACUUCUACAGUAUUUGUCCAUCCUUCGGCGCAACAUUCGUCCAACCAAUCCACACGGGGAAGUGCAACAGUCCCUCGAAGGAAUCGAAGAGAUCUGUUCGCUUCUUAAACCACGCUACGAUACGGUUUUUCGCGUACCGGCACCAAUCGAUGCCGCAACGGAAGCAAACGAGGAGCCGCAAAAAGCAGCAAAGCAUGCGCAAUCCCAGCAGCAUCCAUCGCAACCACGGACCAUUCCCGGUCGGAUGGAACAGCACAGCAACGCGCAGCGAACGCAAACACCACCGAACAGUUUAAACUUAUCCCGAUCGUACAACUACGAUCUGGACUGUCGGAGGAACAGUGCCUCGCAACCGUUCGCGCAGUACGAAAUCCCCGAAGAUCGGUACAGUAGAAUUGCGACGAAGAAGCUUGCCAACCGGAAAGAGGUGGAAAUGAACGUGUUUUCGAAAGAUUUCUCCAACCCUCACCGCCGUUUCGAUGACAAGGAUCUGCCCAAUGCGAACCCACUCGGUCACGACGAAUGCUUGGAAUGACGGAUCUCAAAAGCUGAACAAGUGAAUAGUUUUAUGCGGAUACAUUUUUUCGUAUGCUUUUAUCACGCCUUACCCCGCAAGUUUAAUGUCAAGUAUCCGCAUGCUAAUAUUAUUACGAUAAAUAAAUGCAUUUGGAUAGAGAUUGUUUAUGGUUA